AUGACGUCCAAAGAGAAUAGCCCCGCGGUGGAACGCCCAACCAAGUUGGAGGGCCGAGCCUUCUACGAGAGUAUCGGCAGCCCCAAGUUCAUUGUUGCGCCCAUGGUGGAUCAGUCUGAAUUCGCCUGGCGCAUGCUUACCAGAAGUUUCAUCUCACCCACCGAACAAAAAAGCCUUCUCGCCUAUACGCCGAUGCUCCACGCCCGACUAUUUUCGCAAGACGACAAAUACCGAAAGGCGCACUUUCAGGCAGUAAAGACUGACGGCGAAACUCCCUGGCUCGACGGAAACCCUUCUAUCGAUCGCCCACUCUUCGUCCAGUUCUGCGCAAACGAUCCCGAUGCGUUGCUCUCUGCUGCCAAGCAAGUUGCACCUUACUGCGAUGCUGUCGAUUUGAACCUUGGAUGUCCCCAGGGCAUUGCGCGAAAGGGAAAGUACGGUGCCUUCCUCCAGGAGGAUCAGGACCUCAUCUUUCGCUUGAUCAAUAUCUUGCAUAAGGAGUUGCCUGUGCCUGUCACGGCCAAGAUUAGAAUCCUGGACACAAAGGAAGAGACUUUGGCAUAUGCGCAGAAUGUCCUCAAGGCUGGUGCAUCUAUUCUCACGGUUCACGGACGUAAGAGAGAGCAAAAAGGCCACCUGACAGGCCUGGCUGAGUGGCAGAUGAUUCGAUUCUUAAGGGAUAGCCUACCCAAGGAGACGGUCAUCUUUGCGAAUGGAAACAUUCUUCAGGAGGGAGACAUCGAGAAAUGUCUCGAGGCCACAGGGGCUGAUGGUGUGAUGAGCGCCGAGGGCAAUCUAAGUGACCCAGCUAUCUUUACCAAACCACCACCUGUAGGUGAGGAGGGGCGAGAAUACUGGCGCGGUAAAGAUGGCAAGGGUGGCUACAGAGUUGAUGCAGUCUUUAGACGGUACAUGGACAUUCUUCACGAACAUGUUUUCGGAAACAAACCACCCGCGCGACGACCACUUUUCAUGCCCGGAGACGAUACAGAAUGGAUGAAGGAGAGCGAAGCCGUCGAGGAGGAGCCGCCAUCCAAGAAGCGAAGAAAGGACCUAGGCAAGAAGGGAGAACAGGGGCCUAACAUGGCAGCCAUGCAACCCCAUCUGUUCCAUCUCCUGCGACACUUUGUUUCUAAGCACACCGACGUGCGAGAUAUGCUGGGCAAGAGCCGCGCAGGCGACAUAGAAGCCUACGAGCGAGUUCUCUCCGCAGUAGAGCGCAAGGUUGCAGAGGAACUCCUCGAGUACGAGCGCACAAACGGCGAGAGCAUUGCCGAAACACCGCUGGCAGAGGGAGAGGAAGACCCCCCGGAGACAGAGAGCUCAAAGGGUACUCAAAGGCGCUGUAAGAGACCAGUUUGGGUUGUGCAGCCAAUUAUCCGUCCAUUGCCCAACGAGGCCCUCAAGAAGGGGGCCUUGACUAUGAGCAAGAAGGACAAGGCCAAGUCGCAGGAGAAGAAGGAGGAAGAGAAACAGGAAGAGAAGGGGAAGCAAGAAGAUAUAAAGGCAAAGGAUGAGGCUCUUGCCGGAUAG